AUGGAUCAGUCGACUGGAUGGCAGUUUUACUGGUACCAACACACACAGAAACAUCAGAAAAACACAACAGACACAAACUCCUACACAGUGAACAUUGAUUCAGUGUCUGAUGGAGACAGUGGUAAAUACACCUGUAGAGGAACGACAAGAGACGGACAAAACUCAGAGAUCAGUGAUGCUGUUACACUGACUGUGUCAAAUGAAACAGAGGCAGUUUUAAGUGUUUCUCCACAGAAGUGGCUGACUGAAGGAGAUUCAGUGACUCUGAUCUGUGAGGUUUACGGCUCCUCUACAGGAUGGACUUUCAGCUGGUACAGAGAUGAUAAUGACUGCAAAUAUAAAGUCCUGUCAGACAGCAGCAGAGGAGCUGGAGGAAACUACACUCUCAGUUCUGCUGCUGUAAAUCACACAGGAGUUUAUAAGUGCAGAGGAGAGAGAGGAGAACGAGCGUAUUACACAGAGUACAGCAACACACAGACACUAUGGGUCACUGGUGUCUCUCCUUCAGUCUCUCUGAUCAUCAGUCCCAACAGAACUCAACACUUCACAUCUGAAUCUCUCUCUCUGAGCUGUGAGGAUCAGAGUAACUCUACUGGAUGGACAGUGAGAAGAUACACAGACAGUGGAUAUCUGCAAGAUUGUUCAUCAUCAAUAUACUGGGGAUCACAAACAGGAUCUACAUGUAGAAUCAGUUACACCUACACAUCUGGAGUGUACUGGUGUCACUCUGAAUCUGGAGAGAUCAGUAAUCCUGUUAAUAUCACAGUACACCAUGGUGAUGUGAUUCUGGAGAGUCCUGUUCAUCCUGUGGCUGAAGGAGAUUCUCUGACUCUACGCUGUUUAUAUCGAUAUAAAAACCCAUCAGUCCUCACAGCUGAUUUCUAUAAAGAUGGAUCCCUCCUCCAGAAGCAGACUACAGGAGAGAUGAUCAUCCCUACUGUCUCAAAGUCACAUGAGGGUUUCUACUCCUGUAAACACACAGAGAGAGGAGAGUCACCCAAGAGCUGGAUCUCAAUCAGAGGUGAAACUGAACUGAACAACUAA